AAACUUGGUUGGAGUUUAACAAACCGAAAGCAAAAGUACUUGAAAUGAAUCUGCUUCUCGUGAUCAUGCGAGAGGCCCUUCCUAAAAGUAACACAUUACGUGUGAGAUAUUGCACAAGAAAAUGCACAUAUAAAUUCAUCAUCACUAUUAACAAUCAAGAACUCUCAAGUGUUAACAUUUUUUUCGUAAACAAAAAUCAAUAACAAAAGGAUCGAAGCAGCAUGUUUCCUGAACACAAACCACAAACGAAAAUUGAAAUGAGAGAGACCUCAAGAAGAUCCACCGGCACCCAUUUCGUCGAUAUCCACGAAGAGGAGGAAGAAGAAGAAGUAGACGAUGAGCACAAGCCCACGAAAACGGACGACAAACAAGAAAAACGCCUCAGAAAACCCACCAAACCUCGCGAAACAAAAAGACCCAACCGAAACUUCAGCCGGCAGGUCUCAUUAGAAACCGGAUUCUCAAAACUCAACGGCGGCGAGACCAAAACUUUAUCGAGAAGCGGCAACAGUUUCGGAGGAUUCGGAUCCGCACACAGGAACAAAGGCGAUUUCAGAAUGUUCCGGACUAAAUCGAACCUCGUCGGUCAGAACUCCAACCUCGUCGACAAUAACGACACGUCGGGCCCACUCAACGAGCCUCUCGACCAAAGCGUCCCUGCAGGGAGAUACUUUGCUGCUCUUCGCGGCCCUGAACUCGACGAAGUCAAGGAUUCGGAAGACAUACUCCUACCAAAAGACGAAACGUGGCCUUUCCUCCUCCGCUUCCCGAUCGGCUGCUUCGGCAUCUGCCUCGGGCUCAGCAGCCAGGCCAUCCUCUGGCGGGCCCUCUCGACGAGCCCCGCCACGUCAUUCCUCCACGUCACCCCGCUUGUCAACCUCACCAUCUGGCUCCUAGCUGUGGCCGCCCUCGUGGUGGUCUCGGCCACAUACGCCCUCAAGUGCGCCUUCUACUUGGAAGCCGUGAAGCGCGAGUACUUCCACCCUGUCCGGGUCAACUUCUUCUUCGCCCCGUGGGUGGCGUGCAUGUUCCUCGCCGUGGGCCUGCCACACCAGAUCGCAACCCGAAUCCACCCGUCCGUUUGGUGCGCGUUCGCGGGCCCCGUUAUUCUACUGGACCUCAAGAUUUACGGGCAGUGGCUCUCGGGCGGGAAGAGGCGGCUGAGCAAGGUGGCGAACCCGUCUUCCCAUCUCUCGGUGGUCGGGAAUUUUGUCGGCGCCGUGCUGGCGGCGGAGGUCGGGUGGGCCGAGGCCGGGAAGUUUUUGUGGGCCGUGGGGUUCGCGCACUACCUUGUGGUGUUCGUCACUCUUUACCAACGGCUGCCCACGAGCGAGGCCUUGCCGAAAGAGCUCCACCCGGUUUACUCCAUGUUUAUAGCGACCCCGGCUGCUGCAAGCAUUGCUUGGGGCGCGAUUUACGGAGAAUUUGACGGGCUUGCCCGGACGUGCUUUUUUAUAGCCCUUUUUCUAUACUCGUCGCUCGUCGUCCGUAUCAACUUCUUCAGGGGAUUUAGGUUUUCGAUUGCGUGGUGGUCUUAUACUUUUCCCAUGACGACUGCAUCGAUAGCUACCAUUAAAUACGCGGAGGAAGUCCCGUGUGUAGUGAGCAGAGGACUUGCUUUGGGGCUUUCGUUCAUGUCCUCGACUAUGGUGUUUGUGUUGCUUGUUUCGACGGUUUUUCAUGCUUUCGUGUGGAAGACUUUGUUCCCUAAUGACCUUGCGAUAGCUAUAACGACGAGAAAGCAAGGGAAGGAGAGGAAAUCGGUGAAAAGUACAUAUGAUAUAAGACGAUGGGCGAAGUCGAACAUGGGAAAGAAUGGUUCGGAAGGUAAGGGUUGUGAAGGGGAUAAGGAGAAGCUGUUUGAUAAGAGAGCGGGUGCUGGAAAUUGAAAUAGUGAAGUGAUUUAAUUUAAUUAGUUGUGGAAAAUGUGUUUUGAAUAAUGAUUUAGGGAGUUUUUAAGGGUGUAUUUGGAGUCCACUUGUAACAGCAAGGCUUAUAAUAAAAUUCUUUUGAAGUUUAACUCCACUUUUUCCUUUCUUUGUUCUUAAUUUCUCACAAAAGAAUAAAGUCGCAUCAUUUUCUAUAGUA